AGGGCACUAGUGGAGUCGCAAGCUGAGGGCUGGAGAAGCUGAAUCUGCGAAGAGGAGACGAGCGCUGCAGCUGCUGCCGUCAGGAUGCGUGAGUGUAUAUCAGUCCACGUGGGUCAAGCAGGAGUCCAGAUCGGCAAUGCUUGUUGGGAGCUCUUCUGCUUAGAGCAUGGCAUCCAAGCGGAUGGUACUUUUGGCACCCAGGCCAGCAAGAUCAACAAUGAUGAUUCCUUCACCACCUUUUUCAGUGAGACUGGCACAGGGAAGCACGUGCCCCGGGCAGUAAUGGUUGACUUGGAACCCUCUGUAGUAGAUGAGGUUCGGGCUGGUACCUAUCGACAGCUCUUCCAUCCAGAGCAGCUGAUUACUGGAAAGGAAGACGCUGCCAACAACUAUGCCCGUGGCCAUUAUACCAUUGGCAAGGAGAGCAUUGACCUGGUGUUGGACCGAAUCAGGAAACUGACAGACUCCUGUUCAGGCCUUCAAGGCUUCCUCAUCUUCCAUAGUUUCGGCGGGGGCACUGGCUCUGGCUUCACCUCUCUGCUGAUGGAACGCCUCUCCCUCGAUUAUGGCAAGAAGUCCAAGCUGGAGUUUGCCAUCUAUCCGGCCCCUCAGGUCUCCACUGCAGUGGUUGAACCUUAUAACUCCAUCUUGACCACUCAUACCACCCUGGAACACUCUGACUGUGCCUUCAUGGUAGACAAUGAGGCCAUCUACGACAUCUGCCGUCGAAACCUGGAUAUCGAGCGUCCGACUUACACAAACCUCAACCGCCUCAUUAGCCAGAUCGUUUCCUCCAUCACCGCCUCUCUCCGCUUUGAUGGAGCCCUUAAUGUGGACCUCACGGAGUUCCAGACCAAUUUGGUGCCUUAUCCUCGUAUUCACUUCCCCUUGGUCACCUACGCGCCCAUCAUUUCCUCAGAGAAAGCCUAUCACGAGCAGCUUUCGGUCGCUGAGAUCACCAGCUCCUGCUUUGAGCCCAAUAGCCAGAUGGUAAAAUGUGACCCAAGGCACGGCAAGUACAUGGCCUGCUGCAUGCUCUACCGAGGGGACGUUGUCCCCAAGGAUGUGAAUGUUGCCAUUGCUGCUAUCAAGACCAAGAGGACCAUCCAGUUCGUGGACUGGUGCCCCACGGGUUUCAAGGUGGGUAUCAACUAUCAGCCCCCAACAGUAGUACCCGGAGGAGAUCUGGCCAAAGUUCAUCGGGCUGUCUGCAUGCUGAGCAACACCACGGCCAUUGCUGAGGCUUGGGCCCGGCUGGAUCAUAAGUUUGACUUGAUGUAUGCUAAACGGGCCUUUGUGCACUGGUAUGUUGGGGAGGGCAUGGAAGAAGGAGAGUUUUCAGAGGCCAGAGAGGACCUCGCUGCUCUGGAGAAAGACUAUGAAGAAGUGGGCACUGACUCCUUUGAAGAUGAAAAUGAAGGGGAUGAGUUUUAAUUCUAUAUGUUCCCUUUACUUCUUGUCUGUGUCUCCUCAUUUGCAUGGCCUCUGCUCAAUAAAAUCUGCAAGACAGGCCUGGAUCACUGGAAUGAGUACCUGCAAAUAACCCUGAUAAGUUAGGCAGUUGCUAAGAGACUCAAGAAUGGAGAAUAACUGGUUUUUUACCCAGUCAACCUUAUCCUCUUACAUGACAGUCAGAUCUGGGUAUGCUGUUCAGAAAACGUGUGGCCUGCGUUCAGCGCUCCAAUUAAAUCCAAGGUACCUCUGGGGCAGGGUCCAACCAAGAGUUUUAUUUUAUAGUUCGGGUUUGUAUCAACAGCUCAGGGCGGCAGGAACUGGGUUAUGUGUUUAUUUAUUUGUUUGUUUUUGUUUAAGAAGGCCUGCAGAUGGGGAUGGAGAAGAGGUUAUAAGUUCUUGUCAUUCAAUAAACAGAAUUUAAAAAGCA